UAUACUCGAGCUUUGUCCUCAGGAUUAGCAUUAGGUAUACUUGUAGUAACACAUACGGUGUCGCCUAUUCGCACUGAUUUUUGAGGUAGAUCGAUUUUUUUUUUUUUUUUUUUGUGGGUAUCCUUAACUCACCCAUCUUGCUCGAGCGCAGCACUCGUCAUUCACAUUUCAGUGCUCCGCCGCUUCGCACAUAAAAAUGGGAAAACGUUCUCGUUCUCGUACCGAGCACGACUAUGAGUCGUUAGCAAAAAAAGUUAAGUCGUUAGAAAAAUUGUUGCGCGCUCGGAAAGAUCGACAACACGUGACACGCCACCGCCUGUCCUCCACGUCGUCAUCGUCGUCAUGCACCUCGUGCUCGUCGAGUGAUAGCUCCGCGGGAUCGGGCCGCAGCCCCGCCGCGCGCCCUCACGCUUACCAGGACCUGUUUUGUAUUGAAGGUGCACCGGCGAUCGAACCUGAACCGUCAACAAGUGCCGCUCCUCACGUCGCUCCGCCAUACCCGCCGCCGCAGCGCACCACCCCGCCGUCACCCGCCGUGCCGCCGCCACCGCCUCCGCCGGGUCCCGCCGUGGCCGAUACUGUGGAAUCGCCGCCAGCCCCAGCGACAGUUGACGCGAACAUCUAUGUCACAGGGACAGAGCCUGCACCACCAGACUCGCAGGUGACACCUCAAAUUAACGAUGAGAUUAUGCAGCUGCUUGGUGAGGACCCCUCCCAGAAAAGAGUCUAUGGAAACGACAUCCAACCUGACUUGGCCGUACGUCUCCAGCACGUGGCUACUUCAGGUCUGUCUAAGGAAGCCCGGAAGGAACUUUUGGAUAAAUACCUGGUUCCCGCUAACUGCACCUUGAUCGAUGCACCCUUACUGAAUCCAGAAGUAAAAGUUGCCAUCCCCGAAACUGUCCACAAAAGGGACAAGGGUAUUGAAAACAAACAAAAGCAAAUCGCAUCCGCUAUAACCUGUAUUGCGCAAGCUCUCACCUUGCUUAUAUCAUCUGAACAGACUGCCUCAUCCACAGAACUUAUUAGGCUUUUAAUGGAUGCACAAAAAAUAUUAUGCGAUAGCCAAAACUCUGAUUCGCUUGUGAGGAGGAACUUUAUACUCUUCGUCAUGAAAAAAGAACUUAAAGAUCAGCUUCAGGCGACAAAAAUUGAUAAUUUCCUUUUUAGUGCUCAGCUAGCAGAUACGCUUAAAGCUGCAAAAGCUAUAAACAAAACAGGAGGCGACAUGAAACCUGCACCUCCCAAACAGCCUGCUAAAAAAGUGACAAACCCAAACGUACAGAAACAUCAUUUAAACUGGCGAGCCCCUCCCCAGAGCCACAGGUCGAAGGGAACCCAGAGGCGAAAGGAACCUGCACCCAGGAAUCGGCACGAGCCCUCCUCGAAACAGUCAUCGCGUCCAGCAACGAGCCGCGGCCGCCGCUAGACACGCAACCGAGAUGUUCAUCAGAAGAUUACCCUGGUUGCCGGAAUAUUAUCCGGACGUCGCUCCUGAGAAAAAGUGUACCUACAAACUCAAUUCCUAUUAUGAUGGCCUCGCUAUCAGACAAUUCCAUAAAACAGUACGAC